GGUUAUCUCUCCUUUUGGCCGCGAGAAGACUUAAAGCUUAAGACUGUGAUUGCAUGAGGUUUCAGGGCAGACCCGGUGCUGCCUGCACUCUACUACCACUGUCCUCACCUGCCUCGGCUCCGCUGCCAGCUCUGUGCAGGAAUCUUGGUUUUUACCUUUUCCCCCCGGAUCUCGCCUGUGGAGGAAAUAAUGGGUGCCCACGGCUCCAACCUGGACGACAUCCUGGAGGAGGACAUGCACCACUGGUACAACAAGUUCAUGAAGGAGUCUCCGUCGGGGCUCAUCACGCUCUUUGAGCUCAAGAGUAUGCUGGAGAUGAACGGCAUGACGGAGGAGGCCAGCAGCUACGUGGACCAGGUCUUCUUCACCUUUGACAUGGACGGGGAUGGGUAUAUAGACUUUGUUGAAUACAUCGCAGCAAUAAGUUUAUUACUGAAAGGAGAAAUUAACCAGAAGCUAAAGUGGUACUUCAAGCUCUUUGAUCAAGAUGGAAAUGGAAAAAUAGACAAGGAUGAACUGGAGACGAUAUUUAAGGCUAUUCAAGAUAUCACCAGGAGUUACGACAUCCCUCCAGAGGAGAUAGUGACUCUUAUAUAUGAAAAGAUCGAUGUCAAUGGAGAAGGUGAGCUGACACUGGAGGAGUUCAUCAGCGGAGCAAAGGAGCAUCCUGAUAUCAUGGAGAUGCUCACCAAAAUGAUGGAUCUUACCCACGUCCUGGAAAUCAUUGUCAGGGGUCAGCAGAAGAAAGCUGUGAACUGAAACCUCAGUUUACGGCCAGGUGGACUUGGCCCGAGACGGGAGAAGAUCAUACGCUGAGGGUGGAUGGAUUUGAAAACCAAACGGUGAAGAGUAAAGAGUGUAAGGUGCUUGAUAAGUCCCAUCUCGAUCACCACUGCCUGCGAGGUGAUCCUAAACACUUUUUAUGCCCAUUUGAUCUCUCUGCAUAUCACCUGAGGGAAGCAGACAGAGACUUUGUCCUCUUCGCUCUGCUUGUGCUGUCACAUUUUCUGUGUGGUGGCUCUUCGCUUUUGUUGAAGCUUAAGACGCUUGAACGGGCGACAGUCUCAGUGAGAGGAAGCCCAUCUGUUUUCACGGUCCCAUCGAGGUAUAAGCAGAUGGCUUAAAGUACCCACAAGGUGAAUAAAUCACUCUGAGGCGCUUGCUGACCCUGUUUCCACUUGGUUUUAACAUGUGUUUCGGCUGAUGCGAACACAAGGGGACAGCCGAGACACAUCACCGUUCACACCUGUCUUUAUGCUUGCGUCUGCAAAGUGUCUUAGCUGACCACUUGUAUUCAGAUUUUGUUACUGCCUCCACGGGCGGGGCAAUAUACACAAAAUCAAAUAUCACAAUAUCUUUGACCAAAUGACUCAGUAUUGUGAUGAUAUUCUAGGGAUGACUGCUGGUUUUCUGAUUCCUGCUAAACAAUCAUCAGUAAUGUGGAUAUGAUGACCAAGCAGGUGCAGGCAAAUGAUAAAACAGCCAACAGUCGAAUAAGUUGAGAGAUUUGCUUUUCUUAACUGUAAUGCAGCCUUUAAAACCAGGAGAAGACAACACUUAUGCCAUAUCACGAUAUUAUAACAUCUGAAAUCUCAGAUCAUAUCUAAUUUCGGAUCAUGAAGUCGAUAAGAUAUCAAUAUACACUCAGUGGCCACAUUAUUAGGUCCACCUGCACAGCUGAAUACAAUCCAAUACAAAUGCUCUGCCAUCAAAUUUUAUUUUCUGAUG